CCUCAGAAAAAAACACGGUGAACGUUCGCUCCACCGUUUGCUCGCGUGCCACACCGAACCUGCGCGCUGUGCUUCCGUGACGUCGCUCCAUUGGAGCCUGUGGUUGGAGCGCGAGUUCCUUUCACGUAUCUACUGGGAGAGAGGAGAGCGAGCGCACGGCGGUGCCAGCCAUGGUCAGCGCUUUGAGAGAACACUGAAAUCAACCGGGAGGGACAACAUCCUAGACAUGGAAUGCGACUGUGCAACAUUGUGUCUUUCCUGGCUGUCUGACGUGAUUUGUCUGCUCAACCAUUGAAAAGGAGGAGGUUUGUCGUUUACGUAUUGGAUUCCAGAACACCCCGGUCUCUAUUUCUCUUUCCAUUUCUCCCCCUCGGGUUGAAAAGUCACCAGAGUGGAAAGGAUAUUUCGCUUUAUUGGAAUUAUAGCUGCUCUGAAGAUGAUCUCCGGUGUUUUCUGGGAACAUUGUCUUGGAUGAGAACCUGUGAGCAUCAUGACUACCAAUGCCUAUCAGCAGGGCUCUUUGGGCAGUGAGCGGAGCUCUGGACCUAUCCGGUGCCAGCGUUGUCGGGAGGUGUGUAAGGGAGAGGUGGUGCGCGUUCAGGACACACACUUCCACGUCAAGUGUUUCACCUGCACAGUGUGUGGGUGUGGCUUGGCUAGAUCUGGGUUCUAUCAGAAGAGUGGUGAGUACAUCUGUACGUCAGACUACCAGCGUCUGUACGGGACGCGUUGUGACCGCUGUGACGGAUUCAUCACUGGGGAGGUGGUCUCUGCUCUGGGGAGGACCUACCACCCUACCUGCUUCGUCUGCAGUGUCUGCAGGAAGCCGUUCCCUAUCGGAGACAGAGUGACGUUCAGUGGGAAGGACUGUGUGUGUCAACAGUGUUCUCACACACUCGUCACCUCCAACGAACCAAUCAAGAUCCAUGGACCCAGCCACUGUUCAGGGUGUGGAGAGGAUAUAAAACAGGGACAGUCUCUGCUGGCGUUGGAGAAACAAUGGCAUGUCAGCUGCUUCAAGUGUCAAACCUGCAACAUGGUUCUCACUGGGGAAUACAUCAGCAAGGACAACGUGCCGUACUGUGAGUCUGACUACCACGCCCAGUUUGGGGUUAAGUGUGAGACGUGCAGCAGAUACAUCAGUGGACGGGUACUGGAGGCAGGGGGGAAGCACUACCACCCUACCUGUGCCCGCUGUGCCCGAUGUCACAUGAUGUUCACAGAGGGAGAAGAAAUGUACCUGCAUGGUGGUGAAGUGUGGCAUCCUUUGUGUAAGCAGGCGGCCAGAGCAGAGAGAAGACUCAGGCACAGACGUCUGUCCGAGACCUCCAUCUCUCCACCGGGUUCGUCUAUUGGCUCUCCCAGCCGCGUCAUCUGCGCCAGGGUGGAGAAUGAGAUACUAGACUAUAAGGACUUGGCUGCACUGCCUAAGGUCAAGGCCAUAUACGAGGUCCAGCCACCUGACCUCAUAUCAUCCUACCAGUCCCAGCAUCAUCCUACCAUAUCAUCCUACCAGCCCUACCCCAGAUACUCCUCAGAUGACAUAGAGACCUUCAGCUAUGGAGAGUCACCUGGGACUCUCUGUUCUCAGAAGCUGUAUUACAAUAUAGACAAGAGACAGAGACAGUGUUCCAGCCCUGCCUACAUGGACGGCUCUCCCUCCUUCAACCGCCAAGCCAUGUCUCCCAUCAUGCCUCACUCACCGCAGCACUAUGGACACCCUGUGCUGGCUGCAGGCUCUGAGAGUGGCAGGAGCUCACCCUAUUACGGCUCGCUGGAUGGGCGGCCUAGUUCUCCUACCACAUACCACGCCCCCAAGCAUUUCCAUGUACCAGCCUCAGGUGAACCCAACAUCUACAGCAAACCUCCCAUCUAUAAGAGAACGGAUAAUCUCCCAGCCACCAAAAGCAGGACCAGCGAAGAUCUAAUCACAUCCUCCAGACUGUCUACCUUCUCUCCAGAACCCUACACACAGUCAGAGUCUGACUCCUACCCCUAUCCCAGCUCCCCUAAAGCUCUCCGUGCUCCUAGGAGAAGGUAUUCUACAGGAGGAGAUGAAGAGAACUGGAGUCACAGCAGUCUUCAAAGAAUCCAGAGUGGUAUAGGGAGGAUGAUCCUAAAGGAGGAGAUGAAAGCUAGAUCUGGUUGCUAUGACAACGACCCUUGGGGCAGCGCCCGGAAUUCCCGCAACGGCAGCAAGGAGGCUCUCACCACUACCAGCUACAACAGCACCGGCUACAACAACACUGUCAAUGGCUCUCCUCCAUCCCAUUACAGCUUAGACAGUGACUCAUACAAGUCAGCCUCUCUACCAGGAUACAGGCGGAAGGGUGUCAACAGGCCCCAGAGUGCAGCCGCAGACUACUACCAGCAGUAUGACAGCAGCAGUGAUGUCAACUGGGGAACCAGAGAAUACAAGGUGUACCCGUAUGAAGUACUGAUCGUGACCACCAGGGGGAGACACAGACUGCCUAAAGACGUAGACAGAGCCAGACUGGAGCGUCAUCUGAGUCCUGAGGAGUUCCUACGGGUGUUUGGGAUGAACUUGACAGAGUUUGACCGGCUGGCUCUCUGGAAGAGGAAUGAAAUGAAGAAACAGGCCCGACUCUUCUAACCAUGGAGAGAGAGAAAAUUAGAAGAGAGAGAGAGAGAGAGAGAGAGAGAGAGAGAGAGAGAGAGAGAGAGAGAGAGAGAGAGAGAGAGAGAGAGAGAGAGAGAGAGAGAGAGAGAGAGAGAGAGAGAGAGAGAGAGAGAGAGAGAGAGAGAAACUGUUCUAAAUAGAGAGAGACUGUUAAUGACAACAGAGAGAGGUCUUACGUCAGAAUGAGAGAGUUGCGACAGACAGACAGACAGACAGACAGACAGACAGACAGACAGACAGACAGACAGACAGACAGACAGACAGACAGACAGACAGACAGACAGACAGACAGACAGACAGACAGACAGACAGACAGACAGACAGACAGACAGACAGACAGACAGACAGACAGAAUGUGUAAUUUCACUGCCACAGACUGAACUAAACCCUCCCCACCCCACCACUGACCAGGGUCAAAAGAGAGAGAGACAGAGGGAGAGACACAAAGGUCAGGAGACUUUUGGCUUUGCCUUACUAUUGUGGAUGAUUUUAUACCUUUUGAGUGUGCAGCACCAGCAAACUAAGUGACUAGAAUGUAGAUAUCAUUUACACCACUUCACCACAUCAGAAUGAAUGAAUGAAUGAAUUAAUGGAUGGACGAAUAAACACACAAUGCUUAUGAUUUUUACAUGGAUGCUCAUUGAUGAUCAUUUCUCCUUCUACUUUACUACUUGUAUCUUGUGGUUUACAGUGAUACUGGCUAGACUACAGUUGUUUGCAGUUAUGAAGACGUAUCCAGUCACAACAUGUAGGUUGCAGAUAAACACGUAUUGAUCCUAAUCCUGGGCUGAAAACGUGCUCAAUACAGGAAUGCAUUCUGUAACUAUCUCCUUUUCAUAGCUAUUUACAGUUACAUCAUGUAUCAUUUAUUCCAAUAAAAUGAUGUUUUCAUGUG